AUGCCGGCGGGCGGCGGGGCGGCGCGGGGCCCCGGCGGGGCGCGCUCCCUCAGCCCCACCGCGCUGUCCCGCAGCCUGUCCCGCCUGCGCGAGCAGCGCGCCCGCUCGCGGGCCAUGCUGGCCCUGGGGGUCACGCAGAUGGUGCUCGGAUGCCUCAUCGUGGCCGUCAGCUUCGCCGCCCUGGCGCUCACCACCUCGGCCCGCGUCCGCCACUCCUGCCCCUUCUGGGCCGGCUUCUCGGUGCUGUUGUCAGGAUUGAUCGGUGUUGUUUCAUGGAAGAGGCCCCUGUCCCUUGUGAUAACCUUUUUCAUGCUGCUCUCUGCAGUGUGUGUGAUGCUGAACUUGGCCGGGUCCAUUCUCUCCUGUCAGAAUGCUCAGCUGGUGAAGUCCCUGGAAGGAUGUCAGCUGAUUAAAUUCGACAGUGAUGGUGUCUGUGUUUGCUGUGAAAUGCAGCACCAAACAUCAGGCUGCAGUAACCUGGGAGAAACACUGAAACUGAACCCUCUGCAGGAGUGCAAUGCAGUGAGGCUGACCCUAAAGGACCUGUUGUUCAGUGUGUGCGCUCUCAAUAUCAUCUCCACCAUUGUCUGUGCUUUGGCAACAGCAAUGUGUUGCAUGCAGAUGGUUUCUUCUGAUCUUCUGCAAAUGUUUCCCUCUUACAGCCUUUUUCACUUUAAUUUCUGUGCCUUCCAGCAGGAUGAUAUCACACAGUUUCUGCCACAGAGGCCACAUUCUGCCAAUCCUGACUGCAUGACUCCACAUGGAACUGUCCUGCACCAAACCCUGGAUUUUGAUGAGUUCAUCCCACCAAUCCCUCCACCUCCCUACUACCCACCUGAGUACACCUGCACACCUGUGGGGGAGGCACAAAGAAGUCUCCAUUUGGACUUCCCUCAUUCCCCAUUUGGUGCUUUGUAUGAAGUAACCAUUAAUAGCCCAGGAAUGCUGUAUCCAAACGAGCUACCCCCUCCUUACGAGGCAGUGAUUGGAGAGAUGCCUGCCAGUCAGGGUACUGGUGCUGUUCAGCAAGCAUCUGAAUCAAGCCUGGGGGAGAGGAACACAACCCCGGACUUCAGCACACAAGUUUCUGUUGAGAGCACCUCUUUGAUGGUCUCUGAGGCUGUUGAUAUCCCAGACCAUAGCUUCUCCGAGGAUUUUUGUUCACUGGAAGUUCAAGGAUCUCUCCACUCUGCAGAUCUUUCUCCCUACUGCAUAACCCCCAAGGGGGCUGCAGACCAGAGCUGCAGUGGCCUGGAUUGCCACACUCACUGCAGCUUUCACAGAACUUGCUCAGAGGGCUUUCCUGAUGAGGGCGACAGUUCCCACAGCCGAGCCUCUACAGACAGGCUUCAAGGACUGAAAAACAGCUGUACCCACAGCAGGUCCUUGGACUGUUCCUCAGGGAAUUACAGCCCCUCAGAAAGAGAACUGCAGAGUUCUGCUCAAGAGAGCAGUGCCACGCCACCUUUGAAGCAAAGAAAAACCUGCUGUGUGGACUUUAGCCGGCCUCCUGCUACUUUCCAGACCUCUCCCUGUUUUGGGCCUGCAAACACUUCACCAUGUGCCAGUGGCCAUGAGGCUGCUGUCCAGCAGCAGCACGUUACAAAACACCCAGCCUCAAACUCAAACAUCGUCCGAUCCAGCAGUGCCCCUGCGUCCUGUUCGUCUGCCACUGAAGGUGAUAAUUGUGCCUGGACUUCUGUGUGCAGGCAGUGCCAAGAUGCAGGAUUAUCUCCAGCUACAGGAGAAACAGUUCCUGUCUCUGGUUCUUGUAUGGCUGCCUCUGCUUGCCAGCAUUCUUUGAGCAGUUUCCUACUAACUGGACAACAGAGGGAUACAAGGAAAAUUGAUCUGCACCUAAAGCCAAAGGCUUUUCACACAGUCUCAAAAGAGCGGCCACAUUCCUUAGUGGACCUUAAGGCCUAUAAAGACACAAAAAUUUUAGUGGCAAAAUUUUUGGAACAUUCAAAUUGUAAUCUCCCUCCAGAAGUGCGUCAUGUAGUGAACAGCAUACGGUCAGUCAUUAAGUCUGAUGAGAGACACAUGGAAGAAGCCAUCUUCAGUGCCAAUAUCAUAGACCAGGUGAUGACGAGCUCCCAGCAGAACGCGAGCGGCCGCAGGAAGCGCCUGCAGGGAGACCUGCACCUGCAGAGCUGCGGCGCUCUGAGUUCCGCCGCUGCCCUCGCGCGCCAGCCCCGGCUCGGCCGCCGUUUGGAGCGGGAGAGGCCACGCAGCUUAAUCGGAGUCUGCCGGGAGACCAUCCUUUGA